AUGUCUAUGCGACAAAAGAGUCAUAAUCACCUUACAUCUGAGUCAACCUACCCACCGAUUACCAUCACAAAUGUCCUCCCAACACAGACCCCGCAACCGGCUCUGUCAUCAUCACCACCGGCCUCGGAAGGCACGCACGUCGUCUAUUCAGCCAAGCCUCCGCGUCUUAAUAUAACAGGUCUUCGUGAUGCCAAUGUUCAAGCAUACUGUGACUGGCAACAAUCGCAGGUUGGGAAUGUAUCGUGGAAGGAUGAGUUUCGAAAAGCGUGUGAUGUGGCUCUAGACGAUGGGUUAGAUCUGGACCAGAUUGACGAACUGGGUGACCCUGAAUACUUCAAGAAUCGGGGUGUGAAAUGGGGUAUUGCCCGUAGAUUUGUUGGGGAUAUGAGAUACUGGGCGGACAACCAUAAGUGUAAUGUUGAGGGGUGA